AUGCCAGUAAAAACCCGUUGGGCCUCAUUAGUUUCAUGCUUACAAAGUUUAAUUCAAAAUCAAACAUCCCUCCGUAAGUUAGCCUGGUCUGAAGACAAAUAUAUUAUUGAUAAACUAGGAGAUUUAAAAUUGUUGAUUCUCGAUUUUUCAUUUUGGAACAAAAUUGAUCAAAUUUUAAAUAUUGUUAAGCCCAUUGCUGAAUGGAUAACAAGAUUAGAAGCUGAUAAACCAUAUAUAAGUGAUGUGUUUUAUGCACUGCUUGAUAUAAAAUCAAUUAUGAUAAACAAACUACCUGAAAUAAACUUUUUGUCUAAAGAAGAAAAAAAAUCUAUUUUGUUAUUUUUUGACAAUAGAAAAACUAUGGCACUUCAUCCAAUACACUAUGCUAGUGCUAUACUUGACCCAAGGUACCAAGGAAGACAAUUGGAAUCAAACAAUGAUAUUGAAGGAGUUGAGUAUAUAUUUCUUGUUUCCAAAUUAUUGAUCCCUGAAGAAACACAAAAUGUAAUGUGUGAAUUGGCUCAAUAUAGAACACAUGAAGGGUUAUGGAGUAAACAAUUUAUAUGGUCACUAGAAAUAGAAAAUGUGAGCCCUUCCACUUGGUGGAAUGGAAUUUGUGGAAGUAGUAGUUUAAGUAAAAUUGCAUCAGGAAUAUUAUCUUUACCUUCAUCAUCUGCCGCUACCGAAAGAUCAUUUAGCACAUAUUCACUCAUCCAUACAAAAAAAAGGAAUAAGUUAACUAAUGAGCGGGCUGGAAAGUUAUUAUACAUUCAUCAGAACCAAAACAAUUUACAUAAAAAACAGGUUCAGAAAAAAAAUUCCCAAAACACUGAAAAGAGCAUUCAGUCAGAUGUUAGUGAAACACAUUCUAUUGUAAAUGAGUUUCAUAUGGCCCCUUCAACAAGUACUUUUAAUAUAAACCAGUUGUCAGAAAAAGUAGAAGCUGAAGCUGAACAUGAAAUGAAUAUAAUAUCAAGCUGCAGCGAAGAAGAUUGGGAUACAGACGACUUAGUUGAUAACUCAAUGGAUACAGAAAGUUUUUCUUCAAGAUCAGAUUUUGAAGAAGUUAUUAAUACAUAG